AUGGAGGAAACUGAUAGGCCAGAGCUGGACAUCAGCAAAUUCACUGGCGCCACACUAUUCCAUGAUAGCCACUACAAUGGUCUAACAGAUAUUGGCGACUACAUGGUCUGCGAUAAACAUAAUAACAAUGAUGAAGACAAAGAUGAUGUCCAACAUCAACACCAACAACAACACCAACAAAACCAUCAUCAUGAUGACGAAGAUAUUGAGAUAAUAGACUCUGGAGAAUAUGUUGAUGGAAAUGAUGAUAACGAUGGUGGCGUGGAUCGAUCAACUAGGAUGAAACAAUGGUUCAAUCAGUACUAUCAUGCACUGAUCACUUAUCAAUAUCAGCGAAAGAAGCGUUUGGAACAGCUGGGAGACAGCGCCACACAGGAUCAUAUUCAGUUGGAGUCGGACAAUCUGCGACGACUGCGCUCCGCUACACGCCGCGACUUCAAGCCACUGUACAUAUUCGGCAAGGAGGCCGCCACAGACUCGAGCAGCGCAUCCACCACACCAAUCUCUAGCAGUUCUACCAUCAGUGCCAAGCGCAGCUUGGCCAAGAGUUUCAGAGCUCGCCGAACUAGCGAGCCCACAGCCGUCUCGCCAGAGACACGCGACACCUCCAGCGACUCAACGCGGCCGGUACACUUCACGCCUGGCACAGUCGUGCACACUAAUCGCCAAGCACACUUUUUGAGCGUGGCACGCUCGCCUCCACGCUCGCCAUUCACCUCCAACGAGGACCUGUUGGGACAUGUUGCCGACCUUGCGCCGACAAUCAAAGUGGUCCAGUUCAGCUCAGACACAAACAACCUACCUUCGACGCCUGAGAACGGCCAUGAGAUGAUGGACCGUCGACGCACCAAGAGCUACUCCUCACUCAACAAGCCCAAGCUGCCGCUGAUGGGCGGUAGUAAGGAGUCACCCGCCAACUUCACGCCACAUCCCCUCAAGUACAAGUCAUACACAAUGAUGUUCAAUCUCGACCCAAAGGCCAAGCUGGAGCAGACUGAGAAGCUCCUGCAGGAGAAGGAGGAGGAUACACGUAUCGCUGCAGAGAUUGGCAAGUCACUGCUAGAGAAGAAUGAGCUGCUUGAGGAGGAGAUCAAGGCACUGCGAGCAAGCCACAUCAAGCAGGCCGAGAGCAUCGAGCGUGCCACAGACGACAAUGGCCGCCUUCGCACAGAGAACCUAAUGCUCACAUCGCGCAUCCAGUCGGCGGUGCGCGAGAACGAGAUGCUAAUUGAGCGCGAGGCCGAGCUCAUGGAGCAGUUGGAUCAUCAGCAACAGUGGCUGCGCAACGAGUACUCACCCAUGAAGGCCAAGACGAUCAAUCAACAGCGACGCGAGAUUGAGUUGCUCAAACAGGAUGUCGAGGAUCUUCACAUGUCCGAGGAGGCAUUAAAGAAGACACGCGACCGCCUAGCCUCGCAGAACCAGAACCUCAACUCAUCGAUGUACACAUUGCAGAAUGCGCUGGAGGACAGCGUGGACCCCUUGCGAUACGACGAACUGCUGGCCAAGGUGGCAGCGCUCAAGUUCAAGAACACAGCGCUGCAAGCACGUAUCAAACAACUACAGGAUGCCAGCAGCUCACAGGCCUUGCUCACGGAGCCAGAGCAUAUAAUCAAGUCGGCCUUUGAGGAGCUGAUGAAGAAUGAGGAGUUGCUGGUGACCAUGCCCAGCGACGUCAACCACCAAGUACUUUCGAACGCUCGCUUCCUGCUGCGCCGUCUGCAGACUGAGUUGACCAGCAACACUGGCGGUGAGACAUCAUUGAUUGCAACACUGAUCAAGUAUCUGGAGGACGACCAGCAGCAACAAGCGAUCACAGGCAGCACGGGCAGCACAAUCCGCACGCUAAAUGAAUCGAAUGAAUCGAACAACACGACUGACGAUGCGCAGACCCUGAACGACCCGCAGGCUGCCCUGUAUAUGUUGGUGUGCGUCGUCUCGAUCUACAAGUACACGACCUACGAUAAGAAGCGAUUGGAAAGCGAGCGCAGCACUAUUGAGGAGUUGGACAGCGAGGUUGGCACACUCAAGAAGGUGAUCGCCAGUUUGGAGUACGAUCUGGGAGAGGCCAAGAUGAUUAACGCCAAGCUUGAAGAGGACAUUGACUUACUCAAGACGCCCAAGCCUUCGCACACAAUGUCCAUGGCCGACGAGCUAAGGACGGCAUUCAUUAACGACAACUCGACAAAGGAGCUGGCCGAGCUACAAGAGCGACAUGACCGCGAGAUCACACAGAUGAAUCAGCAACACCUAUCGGACGCGUUGGAGAUCGAGUCGCUGAGGCACCAGCUCGAUCAACUCAAGGCCAAAGGCGAUCAAGAGAUUGCAGCAAGGGAAGCCCGAGACAAGGAGGUCCGUAACCUCAAGGCGGCCUUGGAGCAGAGCCAGCGACAGCAGGAGGACAAUGCCAGAGAGCUGUCGACGCAAUUGGAUAAGCUGCGAGUGGACUUGGAGCAGGUCAGCAAGGACAAGGACAACCAGAUCGCGAGUCUGCAGAGCGAGAUCACACUGGAGAGGAGCGGUCGCGAGGCAGACAAGGCCCUGAUCAAUCAGCUGCGCGAGGAGAAGAACACACUGUUGGGCGAGCACAUUGUUUCGAUCAACGCACUCAACUCCAAGCUGAAGCAGGCCAUCUCACAUCAAGAUCAGAGCGAGCAGCAUGAGUCUAGGAUCGCCAAGUUGGACCAAGACUGUCAGACCAGGGACGCACAGAUCGCUGCACUCAAUCACAAGAUCGAACAACUCAAUCAAGCGUUCCAGGAGGCGAUGGGUGCAGCCCAGACAUCGAGUUGCGCCACAUUGAGCACGAUCGAUGGCAAGCUGCAACACCUGCAGGACAAGCUGGAUGCGGCACAGGACAAGAUCAAGCUGCAGCAGGCCGCGAUACAUCAGCAAGAGGUGGCCGUGCAGCAGCAGUUGAUGGAGCUAGAGACCAAGAAGGAGCUGCUGUUCGUUGAGCUGCAGAAUGAGAAGGAGAACAACGAUACGCUCGUACAGGAGAACAGCCAGCUCAAGUACCGCAUGGACAAGAUCCAGAUCAAGAUGGAGGACAAGACCAGGAAACAUGGCGAGUUGGUGCGCGAGCUAUCACAACAGCUGACGCAUCUGAGCACCAAGACCAAGAGCAGCGAGGAGGUCUUGGAGCAAGCGCUCGAGGCGCCAAACCUUGAGCAGUUGCUCAAGGACUACAACAUCGAGGAGGAGUUGCCGCUCAUCAAGUACAUCAACCAUCACCUGCCGAAAGGCGAGGACAUCGAGCAUGUCUUCCCCAUCGACCCCACCAAGCACAUCGCCUUCUCAAUCUACGAUGGUGUGCUGCUGUGCAAGCUGGUCAAUUUGGCCAAGGAGGGCACGAUCGACACGCGUGUGAUGAAUCAGCGUCCGAGCCGGAUGAUCGAGGCCAUGCAGAACCUCAGCCUGGUGGCCAACUCGGCACGCGCCAUUGGAUGUAUAAUCAAUGAUGACACGCAGAAGACUGUUGUCCAGGAUCCACGUGUGGCCGUAUCAUUGUUAUUCCAGCUAGUCCGCGUACAUCUCGUUUCAUCAAUCAACAUCAGGAACUAUCCCAGUCUCCUUACACUCAGGACAGACAAAGAGAACCCUCAACACUUUGCCGCGCUCAGUCCCUCUCAACUACUACAUCGAUGGCUCAAGUACCACCUUGCGCUUCCAAGUUCCAACAAAGACUCACUGGAAGACAUCAUCUUGAAUCCAAUCAAUUGCAUCAAGUUGAUGUGUAUCCUGGACAAAGAACUACCUUCACCCAGCACAGAGACAGAGCCAUCUGAUCUUUACAAAUGGAUUGUGGACGAGUCCACCAACAGAUUCAACCUAUUCUCAUGGAUGAGCAUUGAUACAUGGAGAUCGAGGAAUCCAAAGCUUGCAUACUUGUUUGUAGCCAGUCUAUUCCUGUCGGAUAAGGGCAUUGGUAUUGAUAUGGCAGUGGACAGCCAGUCAUUGACAUUCGCCAAGGAGUUGUCUGAUCUGUCCGAUGUCGAUGGUACCAGAGAGGAGCGUGCGUUCUGCAUGUGGCUCAACUCACUCAAUCUAACACCAUACGUCAACAACCUACAACAAGACCUACAAGAUGGUUUGAUCAUUCUUCAGAUGUUCAACAAGAUCAAACCAAGCUCGGUCAAUUGGAAGUUGGUCAACUUGACGCCAACCAAUAAUUAUAUGUGCUUGGAGAAUUGUAACAUUGGUAUUGAGGUAGCCAAGACACUUAAGUUCUCAUUGGUUGGCAUUGGUGGAAGGGACAUCCGUGAGGGUAACCGCAAGUUGACGCUGGCACUGAUAUGGCAGGCAUGCAAGUACCAUCUGCUGUCGAUCCUGCGCAAGGAUAGCGGCGUCAGUGUCACCGAGUCGGACACAAUACGUUGGGCCAAUCACAAGGUGGCCAGCAGUGGCCCCCCUGGCGCGCAUCAUAGGACGAUCGAUUCAUUCAAGGACCCAACGAUUGGCAAUGGACUGUUCUUGAUCGAUUUGCUUGAGGCCAUGUCCAAGGGCUGCAUCAACUACUCGGUGGUGACGCCCGGCGAGUCUGAGCAGGACAGGAAGCUGAACGCGCAGUACAUCAUUAACAUUGGACGCAAGUUGGACUGCAGCAUCUUCCUGGUGUGGGAGGACAUUGUGGAGGUGAGACAAAAGUUGAUCAUGACACUUGUCGCACAACUCUAUAUCAAGAGUGAGGGUCUUGUAACAUCCAUGGCCGCUACAUCCUCCACCAACCCAUUGUCACGUUCAUCCUCAAGUGUACAAUAA